AUACAACCCCUGGGGAAAUCCUCAGUGCCGGAUCCCAUCCGAGCACCGGCAGGGGCUGCUCUGCCCCAUAGCUCUAUGGGCCGGACUUUUCCUGGCAGGCGGGAAAAAGGAGCAUCGGGAGGGGCUUGAGAAAGGGGGGGGCGUCGCUGGACUAACUCCUCCCGCCCUGCUCUUUCUGUUGCAGGAAAAGACAUCGGAAGAGCGAGCAAGGGAGGCGGAGGGGCAGAAGAGAGGACAAAGGGGUAAAGAUGCAGUGGGGAGAGGGAGGAAAGGACAAAGACCCCUCCAUAUCUCCCCACCUUCUCCCAAAGCGCCUUUACUGGGGCCCCAUCAGGAGGGUCUGGAUCCAUGCAAUCCCGCUGCGAAGUGGGGACCCAAGACCUGCAGGACUUGCAUGGCUCGAUCUCCUUUGGAGCCCCUCCCCCACAAAAGACUCACUCUCUCUCUCUCUCUCUAUAAAACACUAUGGGACAUGCACAGGGGCGGGGGUGCAGGGGUCCUUUCUACAGAGGAAGCCCCUGCCGGGUUUCCGUGGCGCCUUCUCCUUGGAAGCAUCCGCGCCACGCGCAUUUGGGGGCGAGGGGUGAGCGGAGCCAAGGGGGGUUUCUGGGCGCAGGGGCGUCUCAGGGACGGAGGGAGGAGGGCAGAGGAAGCUUGGAGGCUGGGGGAUCAAUGGAAGCAUUCGUGGCGGGGGAGGGGGGAAUCCUGUGGGCGGGGGGGAGAGAGUGAGGGAGAGACCCGUCGCCUUUUGGAAGAGAUGUCUCCAUCUUGGGCGCUGGCGGGGGAAUCUCCGGAGGGGCGGCCUUGGCUUUUCCCUUCCUGGCAAGAAAUCUGCCUUGGAGAGAGGGACAGGGAGGGAUCCUUGAAAAAAGGGGGGGUCCCAUUUCCCCACCCAGUUCUUUCCAGGAUGCUUCUUUCUACCAAGUCCAGCCACUGGAGAGAAAAGGCAGGAAGAUCCUGGGAGGAACCCCCUCCCUUAAGUUACCGGAAACUUCCUCCCUCGCUCAGGCUUCGAGUUUAUUGCAGGAGGGGGGUCCCGUGUGGGUGGUCCUGGCCCACCUGUGUGCUGGCAGGAGGUCCAAAUUUCAAGAGGGUAGGCCUGGUGGGAAAGCAACCCCCUGGCCAGGUCAGCUGCAUCAGAGCUCCAGGGAGGGCAGAAGAGGAAAGUCAGGAACGCCAUUUCGGAAGGGAUCUUCCUUUCUUCUUCCCUUCUCCUCCUUUGUCUCCUGUCUCCGCUUUCCUCUCUUCUCUUCCUGCGGCCUUUUCACUCUCUGUGGAGGGGAGACCAUCAGAUUCAGAGAAACAAGGGUUGUCCUGGGGGUUGGGACUCCCCCACCCAAAUGUCCAGAAUCCUCCUGUGUCUCCUUCCCCUCCUUCUCCCCUCUCUUUCAUUUCCACCCUUACCUGGGUUUUCUUCUCUUCUUUACCUGGACUACCUUACAGGAACCUUUAGGAAGUUCUCCAGAGUAACUGUGGGACCACUGAGUUCCUUUAUCCUAAGAAGUUGUCUUCCUUUUUAUUCCUGUUCUGUUCUUCUUGCUAUAGUUACCUGCUUAAGCACAAAUUGAGCUAGCAAGAGGGUCGUCUUGUCCAUCUCGAAAGUUUUUAUUCGUAUUCCAAAAAUAAAAUAAAAUGGUUGUAAUCCCAAAAAAAAUUGCAAACCGGGACACGCACUUUCGGGUUUGAAGUGUUUGUAAUCCAAAACAUAUGCAAACCAGACUGCUUGCAAACCAAGGUACCACUUGUUUUACAAGUAAGGUCUGUCAAAUUCUAGAUACAGGUAGGUAGCCGUGUUGGGCUGCCAUAGUUGAAACAAAAUUUUAAAAAUGCUUACAGUAGCACACAAAAGCUCAUACCAACAACAAACUUAGUUGGUUUCUAAGGAGCCACUGGAAGGAAAUUUUUUAUUGUUUGUCAACUUGUCAAUCCUACAAACUGAAACAAGGUAAAUUGGUGGGAUUAUAGUUUAUAGGAAUCCUGGAAUUUUGAGCUUUCUUGUCUACAUCAUCGGACUGGUGCCCCCCAAAACCAAAGCCCAUCUUAUCUUUAUUAGCCUUUAAUGGGCUACUAGAUACUUUGUUAGCUAUGCUUCUAAAGAUGAAUAUUUUUGAAUACUUUUAACAAUCACAUAGGCCAUCAAUAACACUUCUGUUUUGUUUAUUCCAGUUAGGACAGAGUCUGAUACACCAGUCUGACGUCAGCUGCAUUGAAAAAGAAAAUCGCGGAGACAUGUCCUGGAGAAAUUGAGAGGUCUGUACUUCCACUUUUCUGUGAGACUGUAUCUUUGUGUGUUUCCUUUCAGCGUGUGGGAACAUAGAAAGAGCCCUUCCAGAUCUGUAGGAUGUUAAGGAAUUGUGGUAUUCUGCUCAUAAUUCACUGACUACUUGAGUCCAAUAUCAUUUCGCCAAACUGGCCUCUCCACAGAGUUCACACAAACAGCAGCAUUCAGAGCAUAGGAAAGCAAAGCACGAAGAAAAGCUAUAAAUCCACAUGACAUUCCAGACUUCAAGUACUGGCCAAUUACAUCUGAAUGGUUGCAAAUAAGCACAGAGUCCAUAAACAGGCACCAGAGCCCUUGUUUAUCCAAACAAAGUCUACGUCUAUAAGCAAUCCAUUCAACCAUUGUGAGUGUUUUCAGAUUGUCAGUUCAUCUGAAGGCAGCCCUAUUUAGGGAAGUUUUUGAUGUUUGAUGUUAUUAUUAUUAUUAUUAUUAUUAUUAUUAAAGAUUUUUAACAUAAACUUUCCAAACAAAACAUCCAUCUUAUCAUCGCUUACACAUCUUGGCUACUUUUAGCCAGUGACAUCCAUCAUUCCCUUCUAAUGAUUUCAUCCUAUCUCUCUUCUGUUUACAAUUUGUCUCUUUACUACUGUUUAUAUAAUCAAAAUCUUAACAUCCUGACUUUUAACUCUUAUUAACAAUAUUUCUUAUCUCCAUUUUUCACAAGACUUCUUGUUAUCCUCCAAGCGUAUUCAAUUGAACACCAUUGCCCUUCAAAUAAUUCACAAAUUUACUCCAGUCCUUCAGGAAUUUUUGGUCCCGCUGUUCUCGGAUUCUCCCGGUCAUCUUAGCUAAUUCUGUGUACUCCAUCAAUUGACUGAAUCAAAUAUAACAUUUUUGGUAGCACAUUCAUUUUUAUAACCGAUAUCCUUCCCCAAAGUGACAAUUUCAUCCUUCCCCACACUUCCAAAUCUCUCUUAAUCUUAUUCCAUACCUGGUUGUGGUUUUAUUGAUAGAAAUUUAUAUUUUGGUGGGUUAACAAUAUUCUUUCUUUACCACCCCUGUUUCUGUUUAUUAUUGCAACUGAUCCACUAUCUUUUUGUCCAUAUUUUUAACAAACUUUUUAUUUUUAUUUACUUUAAAGCCUGCUACUUGUCUAAACUGUUCAAUUUUUUCUAGUACUUCCUUCGGACUUGUUAUUGGUUCAAUUGUUAUUACCAAGUCAUCCAUAAAGGCUUUUACUUUAUAUUCUUUCCUUCUGACUGAUAUUCCUUUAAUUCCUUCUGCUAACCUUAUAUUAUUCAGGAGAAUUCCAGAACCGAUAUGAAUAACAAUGGUGAUAGUGGACACCCUUGUCUUGUCCCUUUUGUAAUUUCAAUAUUUUCUGUUAAUACAUUAUUUUCAAUAAUUUUUGCCUUUUGACUGGAAUAUAUUGCUUUUAAACUUCUCAUAAACAAUUGACCCAUUUCCAUCCUUUCAAAGUUUUUAAUCUUAAAUUCCCUAGAAUUUAAGGCCUUUUCAGCAUCCACAAAUAUUAUGGCUGCCUGCUUUUCAUUCCUGGCCGUCAAGUAUUCAAUAAUAUUCACAAUAUUCCUUAUAUUGUCCUUCAUCUGGCAGCCAGGAAGAAAACCUUAAUAUUUGCAAAUAGUUUAUAAUCACUGUUCAACAAAGAAAUCGGCCUGUAGUUUUUAACAUGUCAUGUCUGAGUCUGGUUUGGGUAUCAGUGUAAUAUAUGCUUCUUUCCAAGUCUCUGGUGUUUCUCCUUUUUUCAAAAUAUUGUUCAUUACUUCCUCCAAUGGUGCCAGUAGGGUCUAGCUGAAAUUUUUAUCAUCAUCUUUUAUUUAUUUAUUUUUUUAUUUAUUACUUAUUUACCCCACUCAUCUGGCUGGGCUUCCUCAGGCACUCUGGGCGGCUUCCAACAAAAUAUUAAAAUACGGUAAUGCAUCAAACAUUAAAAGCUUCCCCAAACAGGGCUGCCUUCAGAUGUCUUCUAAAAGUCUGGUAGUUGUUUUUCUCUUUGACAUCUUGUGGGAGGGUGUUUGUCAGGAUGGGUGCCACUACCGAGAAGGCCCUCUGCCUGGUUCCCUGUAACUUGGCUUCUCGCAGUGAGGCAACCGCCAGAAGGCCCUUGGUGCUGAACCUCAGUGUCCAGGUAGAACGAUGGGGGUGGAGAUGCUCCUUCAGAUAUACUGGACUGAGGCUGUUUAGGGCUAUAAAGGUUACUUUGAAUUGUGCUCGGAAACGUACUGGGAGCUAAUGUAGGUCUUUCAAGACCGAUGUUAUGUGGUCUUGGCGGCCACUCCCAGUUACCAGUCUAGCUGCCGCAUUCUGGAUUAGUUGUAGUAUCUGGGUCACCUUCAAAGGUAGCCCCACAUAGAGCGCAUUGCAGUACUCCAAGCGAGAGAUAACCAGAGCAUGCACCACUCUGGCGAAGCAGUCCGAGGGGAAGAUAGGGUCUCAGCCUGCAUACCAGAUGGAGCUGGUAAACAGCAGAAAUAGUAUCUCGGGUUAAGAACUUUGCUUCAGGAUAAGAACAGAAAUCUCGUAGCAUCAGCGGGAGACCCUAUUAGCUAAAGUGGUAUCUCAGGUUAAGAACAGUGUCAGGUUAAGAACGGACCUCAAGAACGAAUUAAGUUCUUAACCCGAGGUACCACUGUAUAUUGUUUCUCCAACGGGUGUUUUAAUCUCCACACAUCAAUCAAAUUGCAGCUUUCUACCAUAGAGAAGAAAGUUUUGGGUAGUUUACCUUCUUUCUAUUCUAUUCCCAUUUCUCAUUCUAUCAAUUUCCAAUGAAAUUACCCCAUUCAGGUCCCCCAUAAUUAUUUUUUGAUCCACAAAGAUUUGUCUUGCUUCAUAUUUAUUUUUAUAUACAACACCACCCCUCUUUUACUCCUGUCUGAUGAAAUAAAUUCACUUCCUAAUUUCUUUUUUACCAAAAUUCUUCUAUGUUUUCUUGCAACAUGAGUCUCUCAAAAACAAAUAAUAUCUAAGUUCUUUUUAAUAGAAUCUUUUCAACUUUAUUUCUUUUAGUUUUGUUAUUCAAACCAUUAAGACUCCAUGUCAUAAGUGUUCAUGCCGUUUUGUUUUUGCUACUAUUUGUGAACUAGAGUCUUUUAAACUUAUCCUUCCUCCUCCUCCUCUUCUUCUUCUUCUAAUUUAUUAUCUUCUACUUCUACUUCUUGGUCUAUGGUAUCUGUUCCUGCUGCUGCCCCUUCUUCCUCUUUAUCCAGUUCCCUGUACCUCUGGAGGAAUUUUUUUACUUCAUCUUUUUCAGUUUAACUUUUCCUUGUAGUAGAAUGAGACUCCUUCCAGAUACUCCCAUUUAAAAUCAAUAUUGUUUUUUCUCACCACUUGUGUCAGAGGUUUAUAUCCAUCACUUCAUUUCAGCUGACGAACUGGAAUUUCCUGAAAUAUGAAUAUCAUUGCUCUAUCAAUAUAGAACUUCUUUUCUCUUAUUUUUUUAGCAAAAUUAAAUUUCUCAUCUACUUAUCUUUAAAUAUCAUCAAACAAUCUCCUGGAAACUUUUUUCCUUUUUUUGAUUUAACUUUUAUCCUAAAUGCAUUCAAUACUGUAUUGGCAAAUUCAUCUUUUCCAAUUCCUAGCCAUUGUGCAAUUUCAAUAAUUAAUUCUUCUAAAAUAUUCUGUCCUGCUGUUUCUGGGAGAGAUCUGAUUCUCAAAUUUAUCUCUCUUUGCUUCAAUUCCUGCACCACAGUUGCAUCCCACAAUUCCUCCUGUUCCUUAUUCAGCUCUGACACUGCACUUUUAUUUUUCUCAUCCUCCUUUUUUAAAUUCCUUACUUUUCGUUGCAUAGGUUUCAAUCUUUCCUCUAAAUUUUGUGUUCUCUUGCUCACAUCUUUUAUCUGGGCUUUCAUCUCAUUCACAGUUAAAUCUAAUUUUUUGUCCAUCUGCUCCCAUCUACUUUCCAUAUUUGUCUCACUUUGUUUAAUAUCUUUAAUAUCUUUCUUCAGCUCUGCAAACAUUUUUGCAACAUCUCCUUUCCCUUCCAUUUCUUGCUUUGACCCUCUCUGGGUCUCUCCUGAUGUUGCCCCUCCCCUCCUUUUUUCUGUGAUGAUGUCAUUCUUAAACUGUUAUUUCCUCUUUCACCACUAGGUGGCCCUUUUGCCUCCAACCAGUUCUAUAUCAAAUGUAUAUAGCCGAGAGGGAGACAAAGGGUAAAUGCUGCAAUAAUCCAAUAAUUAUUUGUACAAAAACAAAGAGAAAGCAGGAGAAAACGUCUUCCACCACUUACACAGAUUUUCGCACUUUCCACUGUGUCCCCGUCCCAAGAAAAAGAAGAAAUCAAAACCAAGUACCAACAAAACAAAACAAAACAAAUUCUUCCGCCUCUUGGUGGCUUAAUCCAACUUCCCCUGCAUUAUAUUCCAGGAGAAAGGAAAAGAGGAAGGCAUUCACUACAAUUAUAAUGUCUUAACAAUGAAAAAGGUGAAGUUAAAAGAGAGAGAGAAAAUAAAUCCAUCAUGCUCAUUAACCAAAAGGGGGAGGGUGUCCCCAAGUCUCUUCCUGUAAAUAUCUCCUCAAAUUUCUUACAGUACCAGACUUUAGCAGUCUUUUUAUAUUUGUCUCUGCUGGUCUGGUAUUUUAACUCGCAAAAAUAGCUCCAUAAACAUAUUUUUUACAAAUUGCACAGUUUAAAUUAAAAUUGAAAGUAAAAGCCGGAAGCUCCUUCUCCAGCGGGCUCCUUCAACUCCCAAAGGGUUUCAAAUAAGUUUAUUUUCUAGGGAUUUCCACCUCCCUUUCAGUAAACCAAACCUUCAGAACUAAAAAAGUAUAUUUAUUUUUAUUCGCUGUAGGAGAUUAGAAUCUUACUCCGUUUUGCAGGUAAUUCAUGCAGUGUAAAUCAAUCACAGUCGGGGCUGGCCUCCUUUUUUAUCCCUUCUGUCUUCCGAAUCUUUCUCAAUUAGAAUUUCCCAACAUUUUGCCAGAUUCAGGUUUCUUUUUGUUCAAAAAUCAGCCACUGUGCUGGAUAGACUCAAGGCUUCAAUCCUCCGAGUACUUAAUGGCAUCCCGCGCUGGCGUCUUGAUCUCGCUGCACUUUCCGCUCUCCAAGGGGAGCGUUUUCGGCGCCGGAGAGACGUCCUUAUGGUGCUGGUGGCCUCAAAAUAAUCCUUUUGAGGGUUUGGGGGGGCUGCGGCGCCCUUGCAGACUCCCCCUUUCUUUCGCAAAGAGCUGAACUCUCCCCUAAGGGCUGAGUCCCAUCUCUUCUCAGCUCUGUGGACCAACUGGAAGUCGAUGUUUGAUGUUUUAGCGUGUCUUUAAUAUUCUGUUGGGAGCUGCCCAGCCUUAUGGAUGGGGUUUGAAUAAUGAUAUAUUAUAUUAAUUAAUUAAGGUGAAACAUAUCUUUAUUCCUCUAAUUUAUCAGUCUUUUGGCCACAUUUAGGAAAUGCAUAAUCCACUUUUGUAAUCCAAUUGACAGCUUACAUGCAAUUGGUAUAUUAUUCCAAAGGAUAUUUUCCUCUGAAAGUCUUCCCAUUAGAAUUCAGCUUUUUCAGUGUCACACAUAUUUGCUUAACCACCCACCCCAAAGGAGAAAGAAAAGUGAGAGAGUCCUGGACAGAUAAUUUCCACAAGGAUAGUUCUAUAUCACAAGACGGGCAUGAGAUCAGGUGGUCCAUUCCCUGGCCAUACUUCCUCAGGGAGACAUAGAGAAGAGAGGAGAGAAUCUAGGAGAUGCUUUUAAAUAAAAAAGACGGUGGUGUUAAUUAGGCUCACUUUGUGUUAAGUUCCUUUUCCCUCUUCUGUGAAACCCUAAAAUGGUUUUCUUUCCCCCCAAAGGAGAAGGCGAUCCAAAUUCUGAGGAGACACCUUCAAUUUCAUUGAGAAUAAUGAAGACAAAGUUAAAAUGUGCAUAAUGUUCUUCUGUCUGUGUGCACACUGAGUUUACAAUAAUGAACUCAACAGAAGAUAAACCAUCUAAAGCUAUGCAGUGCAAAAAGAGCUUGAACUGGAGCAAAACUCAUAGGAAACAUCAACAAAUGCCCCAGGGUGAGAAACCAUUUAAAUGUGUUGAGUGUGGAAAGAGCUUCAGUCAAAGUGGGAACCUUAGAACACAUCAGCAAAUUCACACGGGAAAGAAACCAUUUAAAUGCAUGGAAUGUGGAAAGAGCUUUGGUCGUAGGGACGCCCUUACAAUACAUCAGCAAACUCACACAGGGAUGAAACCAUUUAAAUGUAUGGAAUGUGGAAAGAACUUCAGUCAAAGUGGAAACCUCAGAACACAUCAGAAAACUCACACAGGGGAGAAACCAUUUAAAUGUAUGGAAUGUGGGAAGAGCUUCAGUCAAAGUGGAUAUCUCAGAACACAUCAGCAAACUCACACAGGGGAGAAACCAUUUAAAUGUAUGGAAUGUGGGAAGAGCUUCAGUCAAAGUGGAUACCUCAGAACACAUCAGAAAACUCACACAGGGGAGAAACCAUUUAAAUGUAUGGAGUGUGGAAAGAGCUUCAGUCAAAGUGUACUCAGACUGCACCAAAGAACUCACACAGGGGAGAACCCAUAUAACUGUAAAGAGUGUGGAAAGAGCUUCAGUCAAAUUGGAAAUUAUAAAAAACACCAAAGAACACACACAGGGGAGAAACCAUUUAAAUGUAUGGAGUGUGGAAAGAGUUUUCGUCAUAGUGUAACCUUUAGAAUACAUCAGCGAACUCACACAGGGGAGAAACCUUAUAAAUGUAUGGAGUGUGGAAAGAGCUUCACUUCAACCAAAAACCUUAGACUGCACCAAAGAAUUCACACAGGGGAGAACCCAUAUAACUGUAUAGACUGUGGAAAGAGCUUCAGUCAAAGUGGAAAUUAUAAAAGCCACCAAAGAACACACACAGGGGAGAAACCAUUUAAAUGUAUGGAGUGUGGAAAGAGCUUCCGUAUUGGUGGAAUCCUUAGAAGCCAUCUACAGACUCACACAAAGGAGAAACCAUUUAAAUGUAUGGAAUGUGGAAAAAGCUUCAGUCAAAGUGGAAACCUUAAGAGACAUCAGCGAACUCACACCAGAGAAUAACCAUUGAAUUGUAAGGAGUGUGGAAAGAAACUCGGUCAAAGCGGACAUUUUAAAGACACCAGAGAACAUUCACAGCAGGGGGGAAAGCAUUUAAAUGUGAGGAUUUUGUGUGCAAAGAGCUUUACUGAUAGUGAGAAAUCAUUUAAAUAUAUGGAAUCUGGAAAGAGCUUCAGUCAGUGUGGAAGGAGCUUCAGUUGGAGUGCAGAUCUUAAUAUACAUCAGCCGUUAGAUGCAUAGAGUACAUGCGAAGUUCUGGUGUCUGCAUGUAAAUUUGUACCCAUGUAUUCAAGUAAUGAAGGUGAUGUCUCACAAUAGUAAAUGCAAUAUCAUAUGUCAUGAACUGUUUGCAGAGAGCGUGAACCUGCAAUGCUGGUGGUCAGUGUUGAUGCUCUUUGAGUCGGCUGAAGUUCAGUCUUUGGUAGAGAGAGUUGGAAAUGUUGAUGUUUCAGGAUUGCUAAUAGAGCAUUGUGGAAAUUACAGGGUGAAAGUUGUGAUGCUUUGGAAGCAGGGUUCGUUAUAUUAGUAGUAUACGAACAACCGUAUAACACCUAUUGUUGUAAUUAUACUAAAUGAACAAAUAAGACACAGAAAGAGUGAGGCCAACUUCUUAUGUGCAUAAACCCCUUCUGUAGUUUUUAUAAUUGAUACACUAAUUGUGUUACAACCCUUCCUCUUACUUGGUUCUCUGAAGCGCACAAUGUUCAGAUAAAACAUUAUUUCCAGUGGCAGCAGGAAUAGAGGAAUGAAGAAAGCAGGGUUCCUGGGGUGUCCAGAGGGGUGUGAAAGAGACUCCCUCCCCCGCUCCUCUAGAUGAAUAAAAGCAACUGGGGGAAGAGAAGGUGGUGGAGAAAGAGAAACAUGGCCUUGGGUGGGUGAUUCUGUUUUGGGUGCUGUCAGUAACUUCUCCAGAGGGGCUCUGGGGCAUCCUUUGCUCCUCUCUCCUUCCCAAGGGUCUGUGGCUCCUCCAAGUCCUCCUAGAGAAGGAUCCAUUAAUAGGGCUUGGAGGGAAAGAGUGUUCUAGAUCAGCUGCUGCAUCCUUGUUUCUCUUUGGGGUUCUGGAUCUGCCUUCUGUAUCUGCCCCCACGUUAUGCAACCUCUCAAGUCGAGACUGAACUGGUGUUUCUGUUGUAAAAUUAGUUAACCCAUUUAGCAUAUGAUAGAAUUCAUAUAACCUAACUGUGAAUGAAACAUACGUACCUUUGUUAUACCUUCAUCUUACUUUCUCUGAUAGAAGCUAUGUCUCAGUGCCCUAAUAAUUUCUAGGCUACGUGGACUUCUCAACCCCGACUUCCACCCGCUUAUCUUUCAAACUAUUGCUUAAAACGUUUAGAAAUAGAAGAUUUAUGUAACCGACUCUUCUUCCCUUGAGUCUUCUUCCCAGGCAUUGGGAGCCAUUGGAAUGGUAAGCUAAGGACUUUCUAAAGGUCUGGUUGUCAGGUUGAUGGACAAUAAAUGAAUGAAAUGUAAAUCCUAAGACAGCAAGACACCAGGAUACCCAAAAUAAUGGACAGAAGAACCGUUUUAGCUCCCUGACCUGUGACCUUCCAGUACAUGUAUAACUUCUAUGAGCUAAUGCCUGUACCUUUCUCAAAAAAUCCCUCUCAAAGUUGUACUAAAAUGAACCUCUGGUUUUGAGUCGCUGGAGUUAUUGCAAUAGCAUUUCUCUCUAUAAACUGGGUCCCUUCCGGACGUUGAAUUUUCCUAUCUCUUGACUGUGUUUUUCUUUGAGGUGUUAUUCCUUCCCCUGGCAUUGGCCAUUGAGGGGUAGUUUGGAAGGAAAUUCUUACCCCGUAUCUUAAAGCCUGGAAUAAACUAUUUCAAAAGGAAUAAGGGAGUAUCAGAUUUCCCUCACUCUCUUUCCAUCCUAGGAAAGGCCUUGUCUGAAGUUGUUCCUGGUUCCUGGAAUCCCCUUUCACAAGGAGCCCCAAACUCUUCCUCUCACAGGCAAACUCCUGCUUUCCCCACCUCUGCUCUAUGAACUGCCAUAUCGUGAAACCAAAGGUGAUGUAGAUACAUGGA